AUGUUAUUGAGAUUUAGAACACCAGAAGGAACUUUUCGCGUUUCUCUUCAGCCCGAGGACGACUUUUCUGUCGUCCUGUCAGAGGGCCAUCCUAUUGAUAAUUACAUUGGGCAAACGAUUUCUUCACUUGGUUUAAAACAUGGAGAUCUUCUAUUUGUAACAAUUGGAGAUCUUUUAGAGCCAAAGUCCGAAGAAUCAACUUCUAAUUCGAAGCCCGUAUCUGCACGACAAAUAUUUGACAAUACAAAACAACCAGCUAUCGAUGAUGCUUUGGAUAAGCUUCCGGGAAAAAUCCCAAGAAAACGCGAUCCUCGUAUGUGUCGACAUGGUGAAAAGGCAAUGUGUGAUUACUGUAUGCCACUCGAACCAUUCGAUGCCAGUUAUCAAGAGGAGCACAAUAUUAAGCAUUUAUCUUUUCAUGCCUAUCUUCGAAAACUGAAUAUUCAGCCAAAAACCAAUGAUUCAACAACAAAUACCGGUUCUUUUGUUCCACCUCUCACUGAACCUGAUUAUGGCGUUAAAAAACAAUGUCCUACUGGCCAUCCUCCAUGGCCUGCCGGUAUUUGCUCCAAAUGUCAGCCUAGUGCUAUUACGUUACAACGCCAGGAAUUCCGCAUGGUUGAUCAUGUUGAGUUUAGUACAUCAACUACUGUGAACAAUUUUAUCGAUUCAUGGAGACAAACAGGCAAACAAAGAAUUGGCUAUUUAUAUGGCCACUAUGAGCAAUAUGAUGCUGUUCCUUUAGGUAUUAAAGCAGUUGUGGAAGCAAUUUAUGAACCCCCACAACAAGAUGAACGGGACGGAAUCAAAUUAACAUUUCCUUGGGAAGAAGAGGAAAAAAGAGUUGAAAAAAUAGCUGGAUACUGUGGAUUAGAGCGUGUUGGUGUUAUUUUUACAGAUUUACUUGAUGGUGGAGAAGGAAAUGGGUCUGUUGUUUGUAAACGACAUAUUGAUUCGUACUUUUUAUCAUCUUUGGAAAUAUGCUUUGCUGCCCAGAUGCAAAUUAAUCACCCUAAUCCAUCAAAAUGGAGCACUGACGGCAAGUAUUCUUCUAAAUUUGUUACUUGCGUGAUAAGCGGGAAUUCCAACAAAGAAAUUGAUAUAACAAGUUAUCAGGUAUCAGCCUCUGCCGAAGCCAUGAUCAAGGCUGAUUUGAUUGAACCUUCUAUAAACCCAGCUGUUAUGCGCGUCAAAGAACCUACAAAUGAGCGCUAUGUUCCUGAUGUUUUUUACACAAAACUCAAUGAGUAUAAGCGUACUAUUCAAGAAAAUGCAAAGCCAGCAUUCCCUGUUGAAUAUCUUCUUGUUACUUUAACACAUGGAUUCCCAGAAAACGAAAAGCCUUGCUUUACCAGUGGUGUUGGCGAUUUCCCGAUUGAAAAUCGAGAAUAUCAAUCUGUUUCUCAAGACUUUAAGUCUCUUGCAAAACAAUUGGGGAUCAAACGUGGUCUUUCAAGUCCUCCUCCUAUAACACUUGACACAUUGAGCGAUUUUCACUUACUCUGUUAUAUCAACAGCUUAGGAGUUAUUAAUGAAGACGAGCAGAAACUCCUUUGCAAGUACGCAGUAGAACAUAAGGACGAGUUUGCUAUUGCAUUGAGAGGGUCUCCUGGAUGGGAGACUUUGAAAAUGAUUAUUGUUGAAAGUAUUUAA